UCCGGGAGGCGGAGCUUGUCGCCGCGCUCUACGGAAGCGAUUGGCCUUCAGCUCUGUCAAUCUGAAGCUGGAGGCCUCAAAGUCGGGGGGAGGGGGAGGGGGAGGAGGAGGGUGGGAUAAAGAGGAAAGGAGCGUGGAGGACGUGUGGUUUACUCAAAGAACAGCUAAGAAUUUUGCAAUCCGCCUGAGCGGGGGCGGGGGGGUGCUGAGCAAAAGGAGGGGAGGAGCCAGAGGCAUUGGGAAUGGACCCAGGAGUUCCGGACACCCGUAUUCCAGCGUAGCCUCGGCGGGCAGGCGGGGCCAAAAGUGUUGUCACGCCCCUGCAAUAUUUACAUAUUUAUGAGGAAUCAUAGAGAUCUUUGGAGGACCUGCUAGUCUAGAGGGACCAGAACGCCUUGCUCCUCGCGCAUUUCCGUUUCCCUUAGGACUCUGGCAGUUGGUGAGCAUCAUGGCAACCGUGACAGCCACUAAAGUCCCGGAGAUCCGCGAUGUGACGAGGAUUGAGCGAAUUGGUGCUCACUCCCACAUCCGAGGGCUGGGGCUGGACGAUGCCUUGGAGCCUCGGCAGGCUUCCCAGGGCAUGGUGGGUCAGCUGGCGGCACGGCGGGCAGCAGGCGUGGUGCUGGAGAUGAUCCGGGAAGGGAAGAUUGCUGGGCGGGCAGUCCUUAUUGCUGGCCAGCCGGGCACAGGGAAGACGGCCAUCGCCAUGGGCAUGGCGCAGGCCCUGGGCCCGGACACGCCGUUCACGGCCAUUGCCGGCAGUGAAAUCUUCUCCCUGGAGAUGAGCAAGACCGAGGCACUGACGCAGGCCUUCCGGCGGUCUAUUGGCGUUCGGAUCAAGGAGGAGACGGAGAUCAUCGAAGGGGAGGUGGUGGAGAUCCAGAUUGAUCGGCCGGCAACAGGGACGGGGUCCAAGGUGGGCAAACUGACCCUCAAGACGACAGAGAUGGAGACCAUCUACGACCUGGGCACCAAGAUGAUUGAGUCCCUGACCAAGGACAAGGUCCAGGCUGGGGACGUGAUCACCAUCGACAAGGCGACAGGCAAGAUCUCCAAGUUGGGCCGCUCCUUCACCCGCGCCCGAGACUAUGAUGCUAUGGGCUCCCAGACCAAGUUCGUGCAGUGCCCAGAUGGGGAGCUUCAAAAACGCAAGGAGGUGGUACACACCGUGUCCUUGCACGAGAUCGACGUCAUCAACUCCCGCACCCAGGGCUUCCUGGCGCUCUUCUCAGGUGACACAGGAGAGAUCAAGUCUGAAGUUCGAGAGCAGAUCAAUGCCAAGGUGGCCGAGUGGCGCGAGGAGGGCAAGGCGGAGAUCAUCCCUGGGGUGCUAUUCAUCGACGAGGUCCACAUGCUGGACAUUGAGAGCUUUUCCUUCCUCAACCGCGCCCUGGAGAGCGACAUGGCACCUGUCCUGAUCAUGGCCACCAACCGUGGCAUCACACGGAUCCGGGGCACCAGCUACCAGAGCCCCCACGGCAUCCCCAUCGACCUGCUGGACCGGCUGCUUAUCGUCUCCACCACCCCCUACAGCGAGAAGGACACGAAGCAGAUCCUCCGCAUCCGGUGUGAGGAGGAAGAUGUGGAGAUGAGUGAGGACGCCUACACGGUGCUGACCCGCAUCGGGCUGGAGACGUCACUGCGCUAUGCCAUCCAGCUCAUCACGGCUGCCAGCCUGGUGUGCCGGAAACGCAAGGGCACAGAGGUGCAGGUGGACGACAUCAAGCGGGUCUACUCACUCUUCCUGGACGAGUCCCGCUCCACGCAGUACAUGAAGGAGUACCAGGACGCCUUCCUCUUCAAUGAGCUCAAAGGCGAGACCAUGGAUACCUCCUGAGCUGGAUGUCACCCCUGUCCCCACCCUGUUUUCUACCAGAGUUCUGACACUGUGACUUUGUAUAAAGUUGUUUUGAAGCUG